AUGAAAGCAAUGAUUGAUACUGGUGCUAAUCGAACUUUUAUUUCAAUUAAAGUAUUACCUACAUUUUAUAAUAAAUCAUUUAUUCAUAGGAAACAAAAAAAUGCAACAUUAGCUGAUGGUCAUACAUCGAUUCCUGUUUUAGGUACAUCGAAUUUACGAAUUGUUAUGGGUGAUAUGUUAACAUUUAUUAAAGCAUAUGUUGUUAAAGAAUUAUGUGCUGAUUGCAUACUAGGAAUGGAUUUUAUUAACAAGUAUAAAUUAAUUAUAAACACGGAAGAAAAAAUUGUUUCACUUUAUAAUAAUUAUAAACGUACAACAUUAAAAUUUGAUAUUAAUUCAAAUGAAAACAAAUAUCCAGCACGUCUAAUUAAUAAUAUUCGGAUUCCACCAAAACAGACCAGGUCUAUUCCUGUUUCUAUUGAAUUAUUAUCAGCUGAUGUAAUAUUUUGUCCAUCAUUUAAAUUACAACAACGAACAUCUCUACUCACGUUAAAUUCUUCGUUAAAAGUUCACGAUUAUACCUCAAAGGUUUCACUUUAUAAUCCAACGGAUUAUUCAUGUUCAUUGCCAAAAGGCUUAAUACUAGGAACAACUACUAUUCCUACAUUAUCUUUCAAGAAAAAUUCAACUAUUGAUUAUGAAUUAGUAAACACAAACAUCACCAAUUUAAUUCGACAUAUUACUAGUCUUGAUCGACAUGAAAAAAUUAAAUCUAUCUUUUAUCAACAUUCAAAAUUAUUUGAUACUAGUAAAUCUACAAUUGCAACUAAUGUAAAACCACAUUCAAUAAAAACACUUGAUCAUCCUCCACCAACAUCAAAACCGUAUUAUACAACACCAAAUAAACAAGAAGAAAUGUACAAGAUAGUACAAGAAUUAUUAUAUUUUGGUUUAAUUAGACCUUCUUAUUCACCAUAUGCUGCAUCUGCUUUACUUGUACCCAAACAUGAUGGUAAUUGGAGAAUGGUGGUAGAUUAUAAAAAAUUAAAUCACAUCACAAUUAAAGAUAGUCAUCCAUUACCCAAGAUGGAACGAGCGAUUCAAACACUAGGUGGUGGUUAUAAAUUCUUUUCGAAGCUUGAUAUGAAAAGUGGUUUUUGGCAGAUUCCAAUCGAAGAAGAAGAUAGACAUAAAACUGCAUUAUUACACCUGAAGGCCUUUAUGAAUGGAACGUUUUAG